CAUCGGCAGUGUUUUAAAGAGAAGAUGGCGGCUCCGGUGGAAGUGAUCGUGACCAGUGACUCUGGUUCUCAGCUGUGGAACAUCACCGUGUUCGACCUCCACAGCGGCUCCAGUCUGCUCUCUUACCGCGGAGGAAACAGUUCCACGCGGACACUCACCGCGCUGCGUGGACACUUUGUGCUUUCAGCUCAGCUCGCCAAGAACUUCAUCAACGUGUGGGAGAUUCAGAGGAAGGACCAGCUGCAGCAGAAGAUCGUGUGUCCAGGUGUGGUCACCUGUCUGACCUCUUCACCUGAUGGCGUUUUCCUCGCAGCUGGAGUCGCUGAGGCGGUUUACCUGUGGGAGGUGUCCACAGGUAAGCUGCUGUCUGUGCUCAGUCGUCACUAUCAGGACGUCACCUGUCUGAAGUUCACAGACGACAGCAGCCAUUUUGUUUCUGGAGGAAAAGACAACCUGGCUCUGGUGUGGAGUCUGUGCAGUGUGAUCCAGCUGGAUUCAAACCACACCCCUGAACCACGUCAUGUCCUGUCUCGUCACUCGCUGCCAAUCACAGACCUGCACUGUGGCUUGAUGGGAACACAGGCCAGAGUCGCUACCGCGUCCUUAGACCAGACGGUCAAGGUUUGGGAGUUGUCCUCAGGUGAGCUUCUUCUGUCCAUUCUCUUUGACGUGGAGAUCAUGUCUGUGACCUUUGACCCCUGUGAGUACUUCCUGUUCUGUGGAGGAAGUGAUGGAAAUAUUUUCCAGGUGUCUCUGUGCAGCCAGAGUCUUGGUCGAGACAAAUCCUUUCAGACCGACAAUGAUGGAAACCAGGUGUUCAAAGGUCACAGGAACCUGGUAACUUGUCUCUCGGUGUCUAUGGACGGGACUCUCCUUGUCUCUGGGUCACAUGAUGAGACGGUUCGACUCUGGGACAUCCAGAGUAAACAAAGCAUCCGUUGCCUGGCACACAAAGGUCCAGUGACGAACGCUUUCAUCAUGGCAGCGCCAGCAAACAUGUUCCUGCCGGACAGUCGUCCCACUGUCCCUCUGCCACGCUUCAGCAGACACCUACAUGACGGAGACACUGGACAGUCGGGAGACGUGUGUGUGCGGCUCGCUCCCUACACACAG